AUGACCGUGACGCUGCCGUUUGCGACGUGUGCGCCGGGGAAGGUGAUCCUGUUUGGGGAGCACUCCGCGGUGUACGGGAAACUCGCCGCCGCUGCGAGUGUCAACGCACUGCGCACGUACUUGCACGUCGAGAAGACCACUGUCCCGGGGACUCUGCAAUUGGUGUUCCCAGAUAUACACUUCGAGGCUCAAUGGGGAGGGACCCAAUUGCGGACCGUGUUUGGUGCGGUUCAACCCACUGUGGGCCCGCCACCGUUGCAACUGGAUGAACAAUUGCUUGCCAGAGUGCAAGAGUUUGCUGAAUCGUCUGUGGAGCACCCGGUGCACGUACAAGCGGCCAUAUGCUUCCUGUACCUGUUUGCAGCGAUAUGCGGUGCCGAGGACACGGGCCUGCGGUUUGUCUUGAAGUCGACGUCCCCCAUUGGUGCAGGGCUCGGUUCCUCCGCUGCGAUCUCUGUCGCGCUGUCCACUGCGAUGUUGCAUCUACGGGACACCGCCCCGGGUCCCACACUGUCCCAAGUGAACGGAUGGUCCUUACUCGGGGAGAAGUGCAUCCAUGGGGACCCCUCCGGGAUCGAUAACGCCGUGGCGACGUACGGUGGAGUGAUAUCGUACCGUAAGGGCCACCAGUUCCAAUUCAUCACUCUACCGGAUCAUCUUUCCGCAAAGUUGCGGCUACUGGUCACGUACACUGGUGUCCCCCGGUCUACGAAACAGCUCGUGCAGGGAGUCAGAGACCUCUACGAAAGGGACACCUUGCUCGUGGAACCCAUCCUCGAGGCAAUGGACCAAUGCGCGCAGCGUGCCGUCUCCUGCCUGGAAGCUGCAGCAGCAACGGACACCGCACUCCCAAGCACUCUACUCGAGCUUGCUACACUCAUCAACGUCAACCAGGGACUGCUGUGUUCCCUUGGUGUCUCGCAUCCAGCACUCGAACGGGUCAAACUCGCCGCAGACACGGCACAGAUCGGAUCCACAAAGCUGACGGGCGCCGGUGGCGGAGGGUGUGCCAUCACUCUACUAGCAGACGGCUGCACACCCACUGUUCUACGCCAAUUCCAAGAGUCCCUCCAGGACCCCGCCGCCGGGUCCUUCGAGACCUACGAGACGCUGUUGGGCGGACUCGGCGCAGCUCUACUAGGGGACCCUCCCACAGGUGUCUCCGCGCUCUUCAGGGACCCAUCCGCGACCGCAGCGGACCUCGAGACCGCGCUGACGCCGGGCAUCGCACCCGUCACUUGGACACCGCUCAAGCCCUAA